GCUAUGUUGCAGAAAAAUGCUUUUAUCAUUACAGAGAUGCUUCUUUCAAUACUACCAUUAUUAAUAUGGCCCAGGCAUUUCCAGGUAUUCAAAAGUUUCCGUAUUUUACGGGUAUAAGACAAUUUGAAAAUUGCCAUAAUGGUCAGAAAGCUGAACCCCAAUACCUUAUUCCAGUUAUGUCUACGACAGUUUUAGAAUCUUUCAAGAUUGUAAGUGAAGGCUGGAAUUAUCAAAACUUUGAUCAAGAUAUGCAGAAUACUUUAGCCCAAAUAAGUAGCUUAGCCAAGAAAUGGGAGCUUCGAUCCUCAUGCUAA